UAAAUGUUGCCGCGGUAAAGUUUCACGUCGGACAUAAAUAUGUGUCGGACCAUCAUACCCAACGAGGAAUAGCUCAGUCCUGUAAAGCCAAUAUAAGAUCAAUAUUACGCAGUUGCAGAGGCUUUGUUUGAGAGUUUAAGUGUUGAUGUAAUGAACAUAGUUAAAUUAUCUCAAAGGCAGACAUGCUGAAUUCGUCAUAGAAUUCGUUAUUUUCUGACAAGAUGUUUGCUAGACCGAUCCGUGUCAAAUCCAACACCGCAAUCAAAGGAUCAGACCGGAGAAAACUCAAAGCUGACAUAUCCACAGCCUUUCCAUCACUUUCUGCUGACGAGCUGUCUGAGCUGGUCCCCAACAAAGAGGAAUUAAAUGUAGUGAAGAUUUAUGCACAUAAGGGAGAUGCUGUGACACUUUAUGUUCUUCACAAAAAUCCACUUUUCUUUGAACUGGAGAAACGACUUUAUCCUACAGUAUAUGUGCUUUGGCGCUACCCUGCUCUCCUGCCAACAUUCAGGACAUGGCCUCCUGUGCUUCAGAAGUUGAUUGGCGGGGCAGAUCUCAUGCUGCCAGGUGUGGUGGUGCCUUCAAGUGGUCUCCCAGAUGUGAAACAGGGCGACUGCUGUUCUGUUACGUUAGUGAACAAUAAAGCUCCUGUUGCAGUUGGCACUGCUGCAGUGUCAAGAGGAGAGAUGCACAGUUUGGGCAUGAAAGGUAGAGGAGUGUGUGUUCUCCACGCAUACAUGGAUAAUCUUUGGGCUUAUGGAGACAAGUCAGGUCCUCCUUCUUUACCAGAUACAGAGAGUGAAGGACAAGAAGGGAAUGGAGAGGAAUAUGAGGUUGAUGAGAUGGAAGAAGAAGAAGAAGAGGGGGAGGAGGAAGUGGUAGAGAAGUGUGUGGUGGUGGAGGAGGUGGAGCAGAAGCAGUGUCCCGAUGAAAUGGUCACAGAUCAAGCCUGUUCUGGUAUUAAAGAGCUGAGUCUGACUCAGCAGGAGGAAGAGACGGGGGAAACGGGCAAUGAGGAAGAGGAGGGGAACCAGGAUGACCAGAAAAUGCCACAAGAAAUAAUGGACGCCCUGCUGUUGCAGUGUUUUCUCCAUGCUCUCAAGAGCAAGGUGAAGAAGUCGGAGCUCCCUCUGCUGACCAGUACAUUUCUCCGCAACUACAUGUUCUCCUGCUGCCCAAGUGGAAAGCAACUUGAUAUCAAGAAAUCCAGCUAUAAAAAGCUGUCCAAGUUUCUACAGGCCAUGCAGAAGCAGCAUAACCUUGUGAAAGUGAAAGAACUGACGAAGGGCGUGGAGAGCAUUGUGGAGGUGGACUGGAAAAAUCGAGAACUGCGAUACUUCAAAGUUCCAGAGGAGCCGGAUGUUGAAGCUGCUCCGGUGCAGGAUGGAGGGGAAGGAGAAUCUCUGUACCAUCCUCCUGAGAUCACAACACUGUACUCUGUGUCUUCUCGACUGGAGCCUCUCUUUCUCGACGCAAAGAAGAGGAAAGGAACAAUACUGCAGCCUGCUGAAGCGAGACAUAUCGUCACAGAGUAUGUAAAGAAGAAUGAACUGGUGGAUGAAAAUAAUAAAAAUUACGUGACAAUAGACCCUAUUCUGUGCGACUGCUUGCUGGAGAAAUCGGAGUACCAGGAGAUCGAGUCCCUGAAGUGGGAUGACCUCUUUAGCAGGACGUUGGGAAGAAUGCAGGAGUGCUAUCAAAUUGUGUUCCCCGGACAAGCACCCAUAAAGAAGAAGGGCCACAUUGAGCCCAUAGACAUCUCGGUGGCUUCUCGAGGCUCCAAUAAGAAGGUGACCAUGAUAAAGAACCUUGAGGUGUACGGUUUGGAUCCUGCAGUCGUGGCCACUGCUUUGCAGCGUAGAGUCCAGGCCAGCUCUGUCUUGCACCCCAUCCCUGGCUCCAAGGACAAAGUCCUAGUCCAGAUUCAAGGCAAUCAGAUUCAUCAAAUCGGCAAUUUGCUGCUAGAUCAUUAUCAAAUUCCUCGCACGUACAUCCAAGGAUUAGACAAAGCUCCAAAAGGUGGAAAGAAAAAGUAACAUUUCAACCUGCUAUGAAAACCUUUUACUGUCUUUUCAAGCUGCUUUACUGUCGGCCAUUCAUUUAAAGUAAUAAAAGUGGUUUAUUGUAAUCUUCUGAU